GCUGUUGUGUUGGGCGUAUCGUUGCUGUGCGCAGUGUUUUGAUCUACAACAACGACCGUGUUCGACGGCAACAAACGACGACGACGGCGUUUGUUUCUACUCGUGGCGCCAACACCAUCGAUUGGAGCAGCAGCGAAGUGGCAGACGUGAUCCCUUUCGUCAUCUGACUGGCUGACAAAGGUCAACGGCUAAGGCACCGCUAUCUCGCUGUUGCCACAACCGCUAUCUCGGUGUUCCUAGCCGCUUCGGGUUUGACGCCAGUCCUACAAUCCAUACCAGAGGUAGGGCCCCCGGAAAGGAGCAGGCGGGGGCACAGCAUCCGCAUCGGGUUCGCCCAUCCCAACACUCAGUUAUUCGUAAUUCGAACGGUCAGACACGCGAAGCAUGAAAUUCGCCGAGCACCUGUCUGCUCACAUCACGCCGGAAUGGCGCAAACAGUACAUCAACUACGAGGAGAUGAAGGGGCUGCUGUACACGGCGAACGAGGCUGCGCCAGCAAUCGAGAGUGUCGAACCUGACGUCCGUAUGCGGCAUUUCGCUAACUUCGACGAAUCGUUCUACAACUACAGCGACAAUGAACUGAAGAAGAUCAACACGUUUUUCGCAGAGAAGCUGGCUGAGGCGACGCGCAAGUAUGCGACGCUGAGUAACCAGCUCCGCACGCAGCUCGAGAUGCACCAGAAGAGCAAGGGUGGCAAGGGUGCUCAGGCGGCCUCACACAAGCCGGUUCAAUUACCCCACCGCAAGGCGCAGGAACUGAAGCUUGCAUUCAGCGAGUUUUACCUCAGCCUGAUCCUAUUGCAGAACUACCAGAACCUCAACCACACCGGCUUCCGAAAGAUCAUGAAGAAACACGACAAGAUCCUCGCAUCGGACACCGGUGCUAACUACCUGAAGGACGUAGUCGAGAUGAGCUGCUUCUUCUCGAACAAGGACAUCGGCAAGCUGAUCAACGAAACUGAGACGACGGUGACAGUGCAGCUCGAAGGUGGUGACCGGCAGCGGGCGAUGAAGCGGUUGCGUGUACCGCCGCUCGGUGAGCAGCAGAGCCCAUGGAUCACCUUUAAGGUGGGCCUGUUCGUAGGCUGCUUCGUCGUGCUACUCGUCACCAUCAUCCUGUCAGCGAUCUUCCAUUACCGAGACGUGGGCGACAACCUGCGAAUCGCGUUCCGGCUUUACCGCGGCCCGAUGCUGCUCAUUCUGUUCAUUUUCUUGAUCGGCAUCAACAUCUACGGCUGGCGCUCAUCCGGCGUCAACCAUGUACUGAUCUUCGAGCUCGAUCCGCGCAACCACCUGUCCGAGCAGCACUUGAUGGAGAUGGCUGCCAUCCUGGCGGUGGUGUGGAGCCUCAGUUUGCUCUGCUUUCUCUAUAGUGCAAGCCUCAGCAUACCGCCGUUCGUCAACCCUCUUGUGCUCACCGUUCUGAUGAUCAUCUUCCUAAUCAAUCCAUUCCGCAUUUUUCGCUACGAGGCACGCUUCUGGCUUCUGAAAACUAUCGGUCGCAUGACGGCGGCACCGUUCUUUCACGUUGGGUUCGCUGAUUUCUGGCUGGCCGAUCAGCUCAAUAGUCUCGUAACGGCGCUGCUCGACUUUCAGUUUCUCGUCUGCUUCUACGCUACCAACGGCAACUGGUCUGAAGCAGGCAAUACCGACCAGUGUAUGGAUCGCAACUAUAUCAUCCGGCCGAUCGUGAACUGUCUGCCAGCCUGGUUCCGAUUCGCGCAGUGUCUGCGUCGUUACCGCGACUCGCGGGAAGCCUUUCCCCAUCUAGCGAACGCUGGCAAGUACGCCACAACUUUCUGCGUGGUCAUUUUCGGCACUCUCCGUAACUUAAACAAAGAUAAGUACGACGAUUCGUUCGACAAUGUAUUCCUAUGGCUAUGGCUGCUGAGCUCCGUUGGCUCAGCCUGCUACGCCUACACCUGGGACAUCAAGAUGGAUUGGGGCCUGUUCGACAAGAACGCCGGCGAGAAUCGUUGUCUGCGUGAGGAAAUAGUCUACUCUAUGCCGUCGUUUUACUACGUUGCAAUAGUCGAGGAUCUAGUACUACGCUUUUCAUGGGCCGUGGGUUUCGUGCUGAACGAGCACGGGCUGAUGAGCGGUGAUCUCAUAACCUCGAUCACGGCACCCCUCGAGGUGUUCAGGCGCUUCGUGUGGAACUUCUUUAGACUCGAGAACGAGCACCUGAACAACUGUGGCAAGUUCCGCGCAGUGCGCGACAUCUCCAUUGCACCACUCGACUCGAACGACCAAGCCAUCAUUGUCAAGAUGAUGGACGAAGAAGACGGUGUGACUAAUCGGUACACCAAAAACAACCGACCGAAACCAAAAAAGGUAAAGGACGAGCGUCGACCUAAGGAUCCUGAUCCGGAUGAUGUAGCCGUUGCCAUCAGUAUGAUUUAAAUGCCUUUCGCUGGGAAGAAUUGGACGCGCAUCCUAAGUCCGAGAGGACCGAGAUGAAUCUUUUUCUGUUUUGUUAAGUUUUUGCACUUCAGCUACAACUUCCCUUUUGGAAGCUGGGACAUAUUUACUUAUGUUACUUCUCAAUUUUUUCUUGUUGUUCAAAACAUUGGGCCUAGCUAUGAUCAAUUUAAUUCAAUCAGUGGCUUCAAUACAGAUUUUUUAAUUUUAUCUAGUUAGUCUCGCGCCAAACCGGGAUUUCCGGACGACACUUACGUUAGGGUAGGGAUACUUAAUAAUCCAAUGCUCAACGAGCUCCUGCCAAGUGCAGCCAGAUCAUUCCUAUACUGUCUUCUCGUGGAACCGCAGUGCAAAUUCUAGUUUAACAAACGAAGGAGAUUAUGUCAUAGCCAUGCACCCUAGUGUCUCUUGUUAAAGAUUUGUACGAAUAAUGUAUAUCGAAGGAUUGAACAACGUGUUACGCAGAACGCAAACCAUACUAACCAAAGUCGCUAGAAAAGUCGAAAAUGAAUUAGCGGGAUGCCAAACAAACAGCAGACCCACUCGCUUUUUUGGCGUAAUUAGGGCGUUGAGCAGGCUUUUAAAGCCAUUGCAGGACUAUUGAAAUUUAUGCAGGAAAAAUCGUAGAUAGGCACACACACACGCACUAUAAUGCUGCUAGUAGCGGCAGUAAAUCAGAGGUGCCUUAAACUGGAGACGAAAAUUUCCGAUUAUGUGCUUAUCUCUGCACCGCUGUGCUUUUAGUAUAUAUCUAAUAUUGAUUUGCGGCAAACCAAGUGAAGAGCAACAAGUGAAUCAUUAUUCAGGCAGUACUUAGUAAAGUGGAGGUGGACACCCCUGCCCUAACAGACACGACUACCGGCCGUUACUUAAAUAGGUCUGCAGAAGGUUAAGUGGACAAAACGGGACGUGCUCUAAUCCGCAAUGCCAUAUAAAACAUAAUAGCUCUAGGUUAGUUUACUAGAUAAAAUAGGUGCUAAGAUGAUUGUGCCUUCGGAGACAGUUGCGAAAGUGAGGCAGAGUACCGUGCAGGAUUUUCGUUGAUGGUGUUUGCCGAAUGCCUGCCCAGCUGUUGACUUGGCACAGAAAUCGAUUGCUUUACGAUUUGAAACGUCGAAGCAUAGGGUUCGACAGCGAAGCAUAUUAAUAAGUUAGACGUCACCUUCUCAUUGUUCAUUGGUUGGAUUUUCGUUAUCUAACGAGUUGCGUUGUCCUUUUGCCACCAUCAACCGAUGGCAGUAUUACUCUUUUAGUUAAUCAUUGUGCUUACAUUCUACAUUCAUACUUUUUUUUCUACAUUUCAUUAUAUAUGUUCACUUUCAUUCUCUAAUUCAUUUUCUCGAUUUAUCAAUAUGAUCACUGGAUUAUUAUUACUUUUCAUUAGCACCAUAUUUCUUACAGGCUAACAGGUGCUAGAGCUAACUUUUCAUUUUUCCCAAAUUCUCCGACAACCGUGAACUUCGAAAGCGAGAAAUAUUAUCAAUCUGUCUUUUCUGCGUCAUUUUUAUAUUUGUUGCAUUUAACAAAGUAUCAAAGAGUAGUUACCGCAGCCGUGAGUGUAGUGAAGCGAACAUGACUGAGCGAAAAAAUUCAUACAGAGUUUUGCGAAUAAUCCAUGUGAUGUGAAGACGUGAUUCCCUGUGCCUCUCAUCCGCCCGUGGGCCAACGAUACCCCUUUUGAACAUUCUUCAUUCCAAAACAUAUAGAUUUCUUUUUAUUACGUAGUGGCAGCGACACGACGAAUUCAAGGGAUAGAGGUAAGGGCUGUAAAAAUUAUGAUCGGGUCACGCAAAGUAUAGUCGAUAUAACGAUAAUGAAGUGAAUGAAUGAUGAAAUAAACAAACUGCAUUUGGUUAUAAAACCGGUGGGUCCUCGUAGGCAAAUCCCUUAAAACAAUGGUCUAUUAUCUGUGGGAAUUGUCU